AAACAAGAGAAGCAAAUGAAAAAAGCAAGCCAUUUGCUUUUUUUUCGCUUUCUUUUUUUCUCUUCUUCCCAAAACAAAAACAGUCACUUUUACACAAUACCACCAAAAUGGUGUAAAAUUCUUCUGGGGUCCAACAAGACCAAGCGAUGCGAAUUCUGAGACCCACUGAGGUACAAGGACAAUCAUCAUCAAAAGCAUGGAAACACACCUCAUGAGCCAUCAUCAUCAUCAUCCAUUAGUUUCUUCCCUUUUUUGCUUUUCUUUCUCUUUUCUGGUGUUUCUGUUUCUAAUUCUAAUUCCCUCUACUUUACAAAUAAAAGAGGUUGCAACUGUAUGCUACACUGCACUACACUAAACUGUCCUCUUUGGCUAGAAGAACUACAUGUUCUCUGGUUCCUUCAUGCUUUACACUGUGGCUGGCUCCUGUUGUUCUGUCACUUUUUUCACUCUCUGGGGGUUCAGUUUAAGUUAGCUCAAGAUAAAGACAUGGAUUUUCAGAGGUUUCUCAUGUGACAAAAAUUGUCUUGUGUUUCUCUGAGGAGAAGAAGUAGAUCAAGUUAAGAGAUUGCAGAUAUGCUUAUUUGGCUUGUUUUGAUGUUUUCUUAGUUAUGAGGGAAACGCACUCUUUUCAAGGGGAGAGCUGAACUUGCGGAAAGAGUGGAACAGAAUUUGCCGAGCGAGAGAUUUUCUUUCCUUUGACUUGACUUCCAAGUACAAUAAUACAACCAAUUUGGUUGUUUGUUACAUAGGAAAACGAGGGGCUUGUUUGGUUUUUCUCCCUUCCACUGCAUCAUUUUCAGUUUUUCACUACUUGUGAUGCUCUCAUACCUUGUUCUACCUCAUUAGUUUUGUGUGUGUGAAACCCUUGGUAGAUACAUGGCAGAAAUUAGGCUCACAAGGGUUGAGCAAGGCCAAACCAAGAUUAAGAAUGUUCCAAUAGCUGUCACCCCAGAAGGGUUUUGGUGCUGCCCUUCCCCUGUGGUGUUUCAGAAAAGCCUCAAAACUCAGAAUACUCUCAAUAAACACAAACCCUCUUCACCACCCCCACCAAAAACCAGUGUUCAGAAAAAGCCUGUGCCUGUGUCUGUGUCUGUGCCAGUGUGUGAGAGAAGAACUACUACACCUGCCCCUUCAGGAUUGGUGCUUUCUGAUGAAAAACAAUGUGCAACUGCUCCAGAAAGGCCUCCACCACCUACCGCCACAUCUGUGGCUGCUGCAGAGAGGGCACCCAGGCAAAAAAUUGAAUCUUUGCCAAAGAAGGUUGCUAUUGAGUUUGGUGAACCUGGAACUUGUGAUAUGAAAGUGGUUUUGUUGGGAAAGCAGGGAUUUUGUGUCAAGUUGAGUGUGCACAGGGAUGUUUUGACCCAGAAGAGUGGUUUCUUUUCUGAAAAACUCUCCGAACAAUCGGGUUUGUCGUGUCUCCAAAUCGGUGACUGCGAGGAUGUGGAGAUAUAUGUUGAAACUGUUGGUCUUAUGUACUGUAAAGAGAUGAAGCAGCGGCUAAUGAAGCAAAGUGUUUCCCGCAUUCUUCGAAUACUUAAGGUUGCCGAAUUCCUUGGCUUCAGCUCAUGUAUCCAAUCAUGUUUGGAGUACUUGGAGGCAGUCCCUUGGGUUGGAGAAGAAGAGGAAGAAAAGGUGGUCUCAACUGUACUACAACUCCAAGCAGAAGGAAUUAGAGUCAACCCUGUGCUGAAACGAAUUUCAUCUGACAUUUCUAAUGUCCCAAAAGACACUCUUUCCCACAUCAUCGACCUUGUUCUCAAGAGCAACGAGGAAAGAGGCCGCCGAGAGAUGAAAUCCAUUGUUCUAAAGCUCCUCAGGGAGAACAACAGCCUUCCAAGCUAUGCGCGAUCAACCGACAUAUGCAAUGACACGAUCUACAGAUCAUGCCGAAGCUGCUUGGAUUCAUUACUGUCUCUAUUCAAGCAGGCUGCAGAACCAGACAAACCGAGUGAGGACCGUGAUCCUAUAGCAAAGUGCAUAGCUCUCGAAGCUGAUAACUUAUCAUGGUUGCUUGAGAUUUUAGUUGACAAACAAGCCGCUGAUGAGUUUGCAUUGAUGUGGGCAAACCAACAGGAACUGGCGUUGCUACACACGAAGCUGCCAACCAUGUUGCGCUACCAUGUUAGCUGCCUUUCUGGGAGGCUGUAUGUUGGCAUCGGAAGAGGGGAGCUGUUGCCGUCGAAGGACACACGCCGGUUGUUGUUACAGACAUGGCUGCAGCCUCUGAUGAAUGACUACAACUGGCUGCAGCAUGGAUGCAGGUCGUUUGAUAGGAAACUUGUGGAGGAAGGAAUUGGGAGGACUAUUCUGACCUUGCCUCUUGAGUAUCAACAGAGCAUUUUGCUUUCGUGGUUGGGGAGUUUCUUGAAAACUGGUGAUAGCUGUCCCAAUCUUCAGAGGGCAUUUGAGGUAUGGUGGAGGAGAACCUUCAUUAGGCCAUAUGUGGAGAACCAAGGUAAUGUUGCUGUAUCAGAUAGUAGUUUAAUGUUGCCAAAGCAGCAUGAGUGAAAAAAAGGGUCAAAUGGGGUUCAUAAAUGUUUCAUUGGUACUGGAGUUCAAGUUUUUAUAUUAACGAGUUUGAGGAAUUGUAAAGAUAUGUAUUGAUUGCAGAAUGUGGAUUAACCUCCAGCAGCUAACAAGUAGUCAAGUCCUGAGAAGUGUCAUGUGUCUUGCAUGAGUUGACUCUGGAUUAAUCCCUUGAGGAAGACCUCAUUGAAUUGAUAAAUUUCAGUAAUUGGUUUUUGUAUAAUCUCUUCAAAGAAAGGAAAAGAAUGGUGUUUUUAGUAUUUUUUAAA